GAAAAUGUGGAAUCAAAAGGGAUAUUUUACUUCUACGAAGAAAGCAGUAGGAAAUGGGCUGGUAGCUGUAGCCCUUGACAAGGAUAAAGGGAGCCAACAUGCUCUCAGAUGGGCUGUGGAGCAUCUUCUUUCAAGAGGCCAAACUGUUGUUCUUAUUCACGUUGUUCAUAAAUCAGGAGCAAUUAUACACGGACCACAUAAUGGUCAUGGUAGUGAAACAAGUUCACCUAUAUCAAACAAACAGAUGAUGGAAAAGCUAUCCAAGGAAUUGUUUCUCACCUUCCAUUGCUUUUGUACUCGAAAAGACAUACAUUGCAUUGAUAUCGUACUUGAAGAUUCAGAUAUUGUAAAAGCAUUGACAGAAUAUGUUUCUUAUGCUGGAAUUGGGAAAUUGGUUCUUGGUGCUCCAUCUCGAAGUGGAUUUAUGAGAAAAUUCAGGGCUGAUAUUCCAAGCUGUGUCACGAAAGCUUCACCAGACUUCUGCACUGUAUAUGUCAUUUCCAAAGGAAAGGUCUCUUCAGUACGAAAUGCGUCUCGUACAGCUCCACACUCCUCUCCCCUACUUGAUCAAAUUAAGAAACAAAAUGCCGGUUCUGUUGAAAAGCAAUCCCUACCUAGUGCUGACUCUGUAAAAGCAGGUUUGUUUGUUUCCCCCAUACAGACUAUGGUCAAACCUUAUUCUUCAAUUGAGACAAUGGUCAAGCCUCGUACUUCAAUUGACAUGGGUACAAAGACACAAUUCCCCCCUACAAGACCCAGUCUCAUGACAGCGUUUGGGGAUUUCUCAGAAUCGGAUACUGAUAUAUCAUUUGUCAGCUCCGACAGACCAAGCACUGACCGUAACUCUUCUUUGUUCUUCGAUUCAUUUAUCGAUUCUAGCCGAAAUUCGCGGCUAUCAAGCAGCACAGAUCAAAGCAUAGGAUCAAUGCGUUUAGGAACCAAGUGGAAUGACCAUAUUUCUCCACAAAACUUCUCAUCAAUUUCACAGGAAAGCGGAAGAUCAUCUUGUUCAUCUCAGAAUCUGGAGGAAGUGGAAGCUGAAAUGAGGAGACUAAGACUAGAAUUGAAGAAAACAAUGGACUUGUAUGGUAAUGCAUGUAGAGAAGCCCUUUCAGCAAAACAACAGGUAAAUGCAAUGCAGCUCAAUCGUUGCAAAAAUCAAGAAGAACGAAGAUUGGAAGAGGCACGACUAGCUGAGGAAGCUGCAAUGUUAACUGUAGAAGAAGAGAGGGCUAAGUGCAAGGCAGCCAUAGAAGCAGCUGAAUCAGCACACAAACAUACAGAUUCACAAAGAAGAUUGAAUUUAGUAGGAGAAGCCCUAAGAGAAACUGUGGAAAUGAAGACGAUGUUAGACACUCUAUCCGAUAGUCAUAUCAAAUACAGAAGAUAUACCAUCGAGGAAAUUGAAGAAGCAACAGAUAGCUUUGCCCAAUCUCGAAAGAUUGGAGAAGGAGGUUAUGGUCCUGUCUAUAGGUGUUAUCUUGAUCAUACACCAGUUGCAGUUAAGGUUUUACGUCCAGAUGCUGCACAAGGGAGAUUACAAUUUCUGCAAGAGAUUGAAGUACUUAGCUGCAUCCGCCAUCCUAACAUGGUCCUUCUUCUAGGUGCCUGCCCAGAAUAUGGUAUUCUAGUCUAUGAAUACAUGGCUCAUGGAAGCUUAGAUGACUGUAUAUUUAGGAAAGGGAACACCCCACCUCUGUCUUGGCAACUCAGGUUCCGAAUAGCUGCUGAGGUUGCUACAGGCCUGCUUUUUCUGCAUAAUGCAAAGCCAGAGCCAAUUGUGCACCGUGACCUUAAGCCUGGCAACAUUUUGCUCGAUCAUAACUAUGUUAGCAAGAUUAGCGAUGUUGGAUUAGCCAGGCUUGUCCCUGCUGUUGCCGAGAAUGUGACACAGUUCCGCAUAACUUCAACAGCUGGAACAUUUUGCUAUAUUGACCCCGAGUAUCAGCAAACAGGAAUGCUGGGCGUAAAAUCUGAUGUAUAUUCCUUAGGGAUCUUGCUUCUUCAACUGAUAACGGCCAAGCAACCUAUGGGAUUGACUCACUACGCUGAGCUAGCAAUCGAGAAGGGCACAUUUUUUACAGAGAUGCUGGACCCUGACGUGCAUGACUGGCCACCCGAAGAAACAUUGUCUUUUGCAAAGCUGGCACUAAAAUGUGCAGAACUCAGACGGAAAGACAGGCCUGAUCUUGGCAAUGAAGUCCUAACAGAGCUUUGCAGACUAAGAGAAUUUGCUGAAGAGCAAAUGGCCCCUUUCCUUUUUGCUGGCUGUGCCGGACCUUCCCCUAACCACAGCCAAGCUUCUGUUUCAGAUAGUGAUCCUAUUAUUUUAAAUUCUGCUAGUUCAAGCAGUCAAUUAAGCUCAACAUCACUGACAGAAGCAUGA